GUCUUAAUUCCAAACAGUAUUCAUUCUAUCAUCAUGUAUCAGACGGAUCCUUUCCAUGAACUAGAAACAGAAAUGCGGGAGCUUGUUGUGAGGGGCAAGUUGCUUCAGCAUGGAAUCAAUCAAAAGGGUGUUAUUAGUGCUGAAAACAUUGGUGAAUUGGAAAAGGUGAGCACAGAAUCGGAAGAACUUCUAGGCUUACUAAAAGAAAUGCUUUUUUCUAUAGAGGAAGGGGGGGGUAAAGUUCAGGGCAGAGUUUUCUCUGCCAAUGAAAUCAUGAAUCGUCAAAAUAUAGUUCGUGCUAUUGAGGGCGAUGUAAAGGAGUUAGUUACUUUUUGCUCGGAAAUUAAGCAACGAAGACCCAUCCAAUGCGCUUCCGCAUCAGCAAACUCCCAAGGAAAUGAAAAUCAUUCAGAAGAAUUUCUGGCAGUCCAGGAGCUUUCUCAAAAGGCUGAAACACAACAGCAAGAAGAAAUUCUUGAUCGCCUCACAUAUGGAUUGCAAGAGCUAAGAGAAACAGGUGUCGACAUUGCUGAUGAGUUGGACACUCAUGAAGUGCUUUUGAGUGAAAUGGAUAGGAAUAUCAGCGGAAUACAAGCACGUCUCCGAAUAGCCAACACAAAGGUCGAUAAGUUGCUCAACAGCAUGUCGAACAAAGGAAAAAUUUGUACAAUAAUAGUACUCUGCUUCGUGUUGAUCUUUCUCACUUUUUUUGCAUUCAAUUAAUAAUGUUUGUGUCGUUACACAUUCUGCAUACAGACAGUAACAGCCAGAAAAAAA